AUGUCGCAAGAAUCACAACUGAACUCGACAACGAAGGAAUUAUCCGAAGAGGAUAUUCUUCCAGCAGAUCUUCGAGAAUAUGCUGAGCAGUAUCUCAGUGAAACACCUGAACGGCGAACACAGGCGCUCAACGAGCUCAGAGAGCUGCUCGCAGGUCACUCAGACUAUCUCAGAUCCAGAACGGACACACUGUUUCUUCUGCGUUUCCUCCGAGUCCGCAAGUUCGACGCGCCAAAAGCGUUCCAGAUGAUCCAAAACUACUACCGGGCUCGCUUCCUGAACCCGGAGCUCUACGAAGGCCUGCAUCCGCUGGCUCGGAAGAACCUGUUCGACCUUCAGACUCACGACGUGCUCCCCGAAACUGACGCCGAGGGAUCCAGAGUAUGCCUGCUACGAAUGGGCGAUUGGCAUCCAAACGUCUGCAGCCUGGACAAGCUGGCUGGGCUCAGCAUCCUGGCGUGGGAACACCUUCUCGAGGACCCCAGGACGCAAGUGAAAGGAAUCGUUAUGCUUAUUGACCUGGGCGGAGGAUCUUUCAGUCACCUGAGGGCGGCGUCGCCGACUCAAUUCUCCAUGUUUGUCUACAACCUCCAGGAGUGCUGCCCACUACGUUUGAAGUCAGCCCACGUGGUAAACCAGCCGAUGUUCUUCACGUCGGUGUUUGCACUGGUCAAACCAUUCCUGAAAGAGAAACUCGUCCGCAGAAUGCGCGUGCACGGGAAGGACCUGGACUCGCUUCACCAGUUCCUGCCUCCGGAUAUCCUUCCCGAAGAGUUCGGUGGGCUCCGGGGACCCUUCGACAACGCCGCAUUUUGUGCCCAACUCUAUCGAGCCGACGCACUCUUCAAGGAACACAACACGUUCGGCUACCGGCCCGAUACUCCCGACGAAUACGUGCGCAGAAAAGACGGCUGCGGCGACGCCACCUUGGACUACAUGUGCGCUCUUUGGCAAAAGAUCACCAGCUUAUCUUCCGCAUUCAGUUACUCUUCGAAGAUGCCCGAAGCCGACGAGAUUAAUUUUGAACAGGGACGCUUCAGGAAAUUGGAGAUCGAUUAGAAAAGGAAGUACUUACGGGUCACGUGGAUGUCCCCCGUCGGAAUAAAUAUACUAACAGGUGUCUUUCA